AUGGCCUCUAAACCAAGUUGCACAAGAAGUUUCAGCGAACAAGAAAACCUUUUAUUGGCCGAAUUGGGUAGAGACUUUCCAGAAGUGGAAAGUAAGGGACUGGUCAAAAAGUAUAGGUGGGGGUGGGCCGGAGCAGAGAGGGGGUGGGUCAUGAGGUUUUGAGCCUUGUGCAAGGGGUGGGUCGGGCAAUUUUAAGCUACCCUUAGGGGGUUGGUCACCCUAUUUUAUUACAUAGAUAGGUACUAACUACUAACGAGACAGUUGGCCUGCACUUGUUAUAUAACACAACACAGCCAAAGGUUUUUGUUUCUGAGGAGUUUUUUCGUAGGAUUCUCAAGGCUUCUUCUUUGACAAAUCCUUUUUGUAACAUUUGGAGGGUGACACGAGGUGAAAUGUGUGUGCAAGAAGGUUUCCGUGUGUGUAAAAUGUGUCUUUGCAUCAAGGAUAGAUUUUUCCUUGAAUCUUGCGCGUUUGUAUACAACCGUGUCUAAAAACGCAGUCUCAGUGUCAAAUGUUUCGGCCAUGAAUUCAAUAUUUGGGUGAUGUAAGUUUGCUUGUUCAAUGAAGGCUUCGAUGUCUGGUUUACUCAAGUCCCAUGGGGAAAAGAUAUUGUGUAUGUAGCAUUUCCAAACUGUUGUUCUAAAGACAGUUUUGCUUAGAGUUGUUGUUUCAAUAUAUGUCAUGAAAAUAUUGGCAAAGGAAUCAAAACUGCUGUCUUUGUGCCCAUUGCAGUUCCAUGGUUUUGUAGGUAGUGUUUUCCACUGAAGUGGAAGAAAUUUUCUUUGAGGAUUAAUCUAAGCGUUUCCGGCAAGUAAUGUGUAGGAAUUGGUUGUCUUUGUAGAAAUUUUCAUACGCUUUGUGACAGACAAUUUCAAUAUACCUCGUUUUGCUGUAUAUUUGUGUCAAGACUCAUAACGUUCAUCGAAACAAGAAAUGUUCGGUUUUUCACAUUUGUCUUUUCAGUGAAAGGUAUGAUCUCUGUGAUUUUGAUAUUGGUUGCAGCAGUGUAUCAACAAAUUUUGUCAAACGCAGAACAAGGUUUUAUUGGAUUAUUAAGAGGAAACCAAACAUCCAUGUUGUAACUAGGGGGCGGGUCAUGCAAUUUCCAACCUUGCUUUAGGGGUGGGUCAGUCAUUUUUGUGCCGAAGGGAGGGGGUGGGCCAUGUGCUUUUUAUCAACCAUAUUUCCAAAUGCUCCAGCCCACCCCCCCCCCCUAUACUUUUUGACCAGUCCCUAACGGCUAUCACCUUAAAACGUUGGCAAAAAAGACAAAGGCAUGGGAGGAAAUUUUAACUAAGUUUAACUCCCAAAAUCUUAACGGUAUCAAAUGCGACCUCAGUCAGCUUCAAGGAUGCUGGAGGCGGCUGAAACUCAAGUCGAAAAAGGAACACGACUUACAUUGUCGUCAAGCAAGAAAAACUGGUGGAGGUAGCCUGCGUGGCAGGCGUCGAAAGGGGUAGGGGAUAGAGAAAAAGGGAGGGGGGUAGGGGAGAGAGGGGAAGGGACGUCUGCUAUAAGAACCUCCUUUUAUUCAUUUCUGCGGACGCGGGCGUCCGCAAAAUCCUGAUUGGCUGAGCCGUAAUGAGUAACUUAUUGGCCUGUAUCCUGGUGUGUGUAUUAGUGUGAGAGACAAACAUGACGAAGGCAUCAAGAAAAUGUGUUCUACUGGCAUAAGCUUUGGAAGGUCAAAAUUACUCCAAUCAUGUAGCAACUUCACGUUAAAGUCCGAACUAAAACCAACUGUAAGAGCUUGUUUAACAGGCAGAGAUGCUCAGGAGGUUUUGUAUACUGGAUUUGUCCAUACACCGAGCAGCGACUCUCAGCGAUUGCGAUUCUUGCCAGACAUCUGCAAUGCCGAUAUUCAAAAGACCAUCUUUUCUGCAAAAACAUAUACCGUCUUGAAUGGAGUUUUAAAUGGUUUGUAAAGAGAGAGCUGAAGCUUUGGUAAAAACUAUCCGUUGAGGGUUUUGACAAUUGCUUAUAAUUCUCCUUUACUUUCAUACUUUUCGUCUCAGGCUGGCCAGUGUUCUGUUCUUUGUGACAAUCACGUCGCUUGAUGAGGUUGUAAGAUAAAAGGUCUUGUGUAUUCACACGAAACUGAUCAUUGUUUGUCGUAGACUGCGAGCAGUAAAAAAAUGAGAGACUGCUCGUAGCCUAUGUUUGUCGUGUUUGCUGCGGGAGUAAGAACAGUAAAAAUGAUUCAUUUCGCUCGAUUAUUAUAUCACUUGAAAAAAGCGUCUCAACUUGACAAUUUCCGGUAAACAACGUAAUUAAGUUCGGACCAUGCUGAGAAGCCCCGUACUUGUGAUUGGUCACGUAUUGACAGUGACAUUAUCGGAUUAGUUGAGAAAAUGGUGGGCGGAUGACAAAAACACCGUCUCUUAUAGCAGGCGCUCCCUUCCCUUUCCCCUCUUUCCUGCUUUUCUCCCUCCCCCUCUCCCUCCCCUUUUGGCGCCUGCCACGCAGGCUAGGUGGAGGAAAAGCUGUUGCCACGUAAUCUCAGCCUCAGUUAAUCCGCUAGAGCAGGAAUUUGAUGAUGAUGCAGGAGAAGAACUUGAUUUUAAUAAGGCGGGACGAAGACGAGAUGGAAAUUAUUACGUAGGAAGUGGGGCCAAGUCUAGUUGCUGA